CCAAAAAAGAUGCUUCACUAUCCAAAAUCUUUCCUCUAGUUUUUUCACUUUUCCCUCUCUCUCUCUGCCAAAAACUGGAGGAUUCUCCACUUCGGGCUCGCUCUUUUCUUCCGGGUCGACCCGGCUGCGAAUCCGGACCCUAAUAUCAGCACAGCAGCAUUGUGAAGGGGAUUUCGUUUUUGAAGCUCAUUCUUGUCUCUACUUCACUUUUUUUGAGCUGGGUUUUCCCUUUCCCCAUCUGGGGUUCUCUGAUUUUAGGGCAAUCUGAAAUUAGCGUCUCUGUUUUGGGCUAAAAAGUUCCUUUAUCAACCAUUUUUCCGUUCCCCCUUUCUGAUCCCAACUGGGUUUCACUUCCGCUUUCGCUUUCCCCUCUAAAAGAGCCUUUUCUUCUCACUCUUCUUCUUCUGGGGCAGCUGAAAAUGUUGAAGAACAGUGGUAAAAUGGGUUGGUUCUUCAAAGCUUUCGUGGGUUUGGUUUCGUUUUUUUCACUGGUGUGUUCUGUGGCGGCCAUCGGAGCCAACUGGGGAACUCAGGCGACGCAUCCGCUGCCGCCGGAGACGGUGGUCGGAAUGCUGAGGGACAACCAGAUUCAGAAAGUGAAGCUCUUUGAUGCUGAUUAUGGAACUCUCAGAGCUCUGGGUAAGACUGGGAUUGAGGUCAUGGUUGGGAUUCCAAAUGAUAUGCUCUAUUCUCUUGCAAGUAGUGUGAAAGCAGCUGAAAAAUGGGUUUCUAAAAAUGUCUCUGUUCAUAUUUCCACCAAUAAUGUUAACAUCAGAUAUGUUGCUGUAGGGAAUGAGCCUUUCUUGUCAACUUACAAUGGAAGCUUCCUUAAAACAACCUUUCCUGCUCUGCAGAAUGUUCAGUCUGCUCUGAUAAAAGCCGGUCUCGCCAACCAAGUAAAGGUAACCGUUCCCCUGAAUGCUGAUGUCUACGCGAGCUCCACCACUUUUCCAUCUGGUGGCGACUUCCGGACUGACAUACAUGAUUUGAUGAUCAACAUCGUCAAGUUCUUGAGCGACUCUGGUUCUCCGUUCACAGUGAACAUUUACCCCUUCAUCAGUCUCUAUAGCGACCCCAACUUUCCUGUUGAAUAUGCUUUCUUUGAUGGCAAUGCAUCUCCCAUAGUCGAUGGUGGGACAUCAUAUUUCAACAUGUUCGAUGCAAAUUAUGACACCCUUGUGUGGGCGCUUCAGAAGAAUGGCUUUGGAAACUUACCGAUCAUAGUCGGGGAGAUCGGUUGGCCUACGGACGGGGAUCGAAAUGCCAACCCCAUCUAUGCUCAACGGUUCAACCAAGGCUUCAUGUCACAUAUACUAGGUGGAAAAGGAACACCGAUGAGGCCAGGUCCAAUCGACACCUAUUUAUUCAGCCUAAUCGACGAAGACGCGAAGAGCAUUGAUCCAGGGAACUUCGAACGCCAUUGGGGCAUAUUCUACUACGAUGGUCGACCAAAAUACCAGCUCAACCUCGGAACUUCAAACAACGGGUCCUUAGUCGCAGCCAGAGGCGUGCGUUAUCUAGAAAAAAAGUGGUGCGUGAUGAAGCGAUCAGCCCGCCUCGAGGAUUCGCAAGUCGCACCGAGCGUAAGCUAUGCGUGUUACCACGCCGAUUGCACCAGCCUCGGGUACGGCACGUCGUGUUCAAGCGUAGAUGCAAGGUUGAACAUUUCAUAUGCAUUCAACAGCUAUUACCAGAGGAACAAUCAGGGAGAGGAUGACUGCAAGUUCUCAGGGUUGGCAGAAGUGACAAAUAAUGAUCCAAGUUUUGGGAAUUGCAGGUUUGAUAUAAUGAUAGAGCCAUAUUAUGGAGCUGCAGAAGGAAGAGGGUGCUGUUUCAAAAAGCACUUGAUGUUGCUUUCUGGGCUGCUUCUUGUGUUGACUUUUCUGUGAAGUCCUUUUGGAGUUUGUGUAUUCUAAUUUAUUUGUUCUUGUUUUCAGAUUUGUUUUCUAAUCUGUAGAAUUGUAUCCUUGCUGGAGUUGGAAUGCCGAAAGUGAAAUUGUUAAGAGGCUAAGGCCAUGUUUCCCCAAUGAAAGAAAAACGUGGGACCCACUCUAAAAAUAGGGGAUCAUUCUUCCAACAUUAUCCUCUAAAGUUUCAACAAUCCCAUUCAUAUUUUCGGAUA